ACAAACAGAGAUACCUGUACACACACACAGACAUGUACAUACACACACACACACAGAAACAUGUACACACGCACAGAGGCACAUGUACACACACACACACAUACAGACACAUGUAUACACACACAGGCACGUACAGACACGCAUAUGUACAUACACACAAACACAUGUACAUACAUACACACAAACACACACAAACACACAUGCAUGUACAUACAUGCAGACACAUGUACAGAUACACACAUGUACUGUACAUACACACAGACACAUGUACAUGCAUACACAGACACACACAAACAUACACACAUGUACACACACACACACGCUGUUAAGUGCUCUCUCCUCUCCCCUGAAGCCACCACUGGCUGACAUAGAGGAUCAUGUGACCAGCGUGAGCUGAAAUUAGGCACACACACACCCCUAUAAAAAGUUGCAGU